AUAUAUUAACCAAAAGUUGAAAUACACUUAGUCUCAAAAUUUGUAAUACAGGGGUAUUAAAGAAAAAACUUACCAGUGGAUUUAGGGUAACAUUGAUAUGAAAUUUUUUCCUAUACAGUACUACACUAGCAUUAUGUUUUUUUGGUUAAUAUUGAUGUAUUUUUGGUUAAUAUUGAUGACGUUUUGGUUAAUAUUGGCAACUGAUCCGUCAGCGCGUUAUUUAUUUUGACGUUUAUUUUCUUAUACAUACAAUAUUUUCAUCAGUGAGUUCUGAUGUGAUAAUUAUUUCUUGUGUGGUAAUGUGGUGGUGACGUCUCAUCUCAGGAUGUAAACGGCCACUCAUAUUAACGUAUUUCAAAACACUCCGGAUCGACGCCGAUGCUCAGUGUACUGUAUGCUUAUGAGCCGUUUGGUACUGGCGGCUUCUCUCUGGUCCACAAAAAAAUUAAUUUUUACACCCUAUAAUGCACUAUAAUACACUGGCCAUGCAAAUUCCAAGGUGUAUGAGACAGUCUGGAGGACACAGCGGCAGAUCCUGUAGCUGAGGCCGUUCAGCCGAAAUCUCCACAAGGUAUCACCAGGUAUCUGAGACGAGAUGCCAUCCACAAUUGCAAUCGUAUUUGACAAUCCUUCAGCGGUGUUCUUCUCUGGGCAGGCCAUCACUGGUAAUGUUCAGGUGACAUGUGACAAACCUAAAUCAUGCAGAGGCAUUGAGGUGAAGUUCAGAGGAUUUGGAAAAGUGCAUUGGACAGAACGUCGAACAAGUGGGUCAGGUGAUGACAGAAAAACAGAGACAAGACAUUACACCAGCCAUGAGAGCUAUUAUGAAAUGAACUACUGGGUCUUAGGAAAUGGUCAGUCAACCUCAGAACUUCCCCCUGGUACACAUGUAUUUAACUUCAGUUUCCUGCUUCCCAAGGGGAUUCCUUCAUCCUUUGAAUCCCAUAUUGGCAAAGUGCGUCAUCAGUGUAAGGCCAAGAUGGACAUACCCUGGAAGGUUGAUAAGACAUGCCUCAGGCCAUAUUCAGUCAACACCUUAUAUGAUCUCAAUAUAGAUCCUCAGGCAGUGUUACCAAUAGAGUGCACCAAACAUGACUACACCUGCUGCUGGUUUUGUCGUAGUGGUCCUAUGUCACUGGUACUGCGCCUUGACCGAUCAGGAUUUGUUCCUGGGGAGAAGAUGAUUAUAAAUGCUGAAUGUUCAAAUAUGACCAAUGUCAAGAUCAACUCCACAAAGGCUGUGAUACACCAAACGAUAACUUACCAUGCAGAAGGGAGUCGUAAGAAAGAACAUAGAAAAGUUGCUGAACUCAAGAGGCCUGAAAUUAAACCAGGAGAUGAUGACAUUUGGUCUGGUGUUGAGAUGCUCAUCCCAGCCCUUCCACCAUCCCAUCUUGAAUUUUGUCGAAUCAUUGAUAUUGAUUAUGAAUUUAAGUUUGAAAUGGAUCCCUCUGGGUGCCAUACAGACAUGGAAUACGAAGCACCUAUUGUGAUAGGUUCCUUACCUCUGAAGCAGUACUUCAGUUCAUUUAUGUCUGCACCUGUCAUGUAUCCAGGUCAGCCCCCAGUAGCAGGAUUUUCUCCUGUUCCUGGACAACCCCCAGCACCAGGGUUUGUUCCAGGUCAGCCAGGUGCCUCUGGUAUGCCUCCUGCUUAUCCUGGACAGCCACCUGCUCCAGGAUAUCCUGGACAGCCACCUGCUCCAGGAUAUCCUGGACAGCCACCUGCUCCAGGAUAUCCUGGACAGCCACCUGCUCCAGGAUAUCCUGGACAGCCACCUGCUCCUGGAUACCCUGGGCAGCCACCAUACAAUCCAGGUCAGCCUGGGGCACCUGGAAUUGGAUUUCCAGGUGGUGUUCCAGUUGAUCCAAAUGCUACACCAUUUAAUCCCAACGUCCCAGCUCCUGCUUAUCCUGGACCACCAGCUCCAUCAGCACCAGUUUUCCCAGGUGCUCAGCAAUACCCUGGAAUGCCUCUGCCAACUUACAACCAAUGUAUGUUUGGAUUAACCAGAUACCACGAGGGUGAUAGUGAUGAUGAGAACAAUGAUCUUAAUGGAACCAAAUUUGCCCCUCAGUAUGUCUCAUAUUCUUUAGUGAACUCAAAGCACCAGCAGUCAGGUAUUGGUUCCAUGGCGGUUGUCGGUGGUCUGGCAGCAGUUGGUGGUAUGGCGGUAGCUGGUGGUAUGGCAGCAAAAGCAGCACACAAGCGAAAGGGAAGUUCCAGCAGCAGUUCCAGCAGCAGUUCAAACAGUGAGCAUGUAACAGGAGAGGACAAUACGGACAAUACACCACUCAUCGUCCACCACCAUCAUGAGCACCACUAUCACUCUGAUUCUGACCAUGAACAUGACGAACCCAAAGAGCCAGAGCCAGUGCCAGUACAUGUUUCUGACCAUGAACACAAGUCUGAGAGUAGUAGUAGUAGUAGUAGUAGUAGCAGCAGUAGUGAUAAUGAACCAGAACCUGAACCAGAGCCUGAACCAGAGAAGGAGCCUGAACCUGAACCCGAGGAGGAACCCGAGGAGGAACCCGAAGAGGAACCCGAGGAGGAACCCGAAGAGGAACCAGAGGAGGCGCCAGAGGAGGACUGUGGUGAUGAUGAAUAAUAUUAAGAUACGUACUAUAUAUUACUUUCAUAACUUCAAAUUAAAAUUUUUAAUAAUUAAUGGUCCUGUUAGAAUGUCAAGUUUAUCUCUCAUAAAUGUGAUGGUUCUAAGUUCUAAUACUUUCCAAUUACUGUAUAAAAUUGCAUAUUUGUGUGCAUAAUAUCCUUUAGAUUGUUCAAAUAAAAAUUUGAGUUGAAGAAUACUUCUCUAGCACUAAGUAUAAUGGCCUUAUAUUGUUAUACAGUACUCAAUAUUGCUCAGAAAGGGUUUACACCUAUAUUAGUUGUUUUUGUUUCUAAACUUUUGAGAAGGCCUUAAUAUAAGACUUCAAUUAAUGAAUCUUGGUGAUACGUAGAUAAUGUAAUUUGAGGAAAAUAGUAAGAAUAAGAUAAAUGUUUCAACCAUUUAAAAAAAAGCCAUCACAUAUUAGCACAACAUUAAGAUGGUAGCAGCAGUUGAAUCAGUAGAUAUUUGUUGUGUUUAUUUCUGAUAUAUAAUAUUGAAUUUUUAUUUUAGUGGUUUUUAAUACUACAGGUGUAUUUGAAAUUGGAGUAAUACUCCAAGUAAUAUUACCCCUGGUAGUAUUGCUAUUUUUCCUAGAUUAUAAUUUUAUAAGUAUAAAAGUAUUAUUAUGAAUAUAUGUACCAUUUAAUGGAAUACCCAGUACCAUAGUUGAUUUCAUUAAGUUGCAUCAUACGAUUGCAUAAAAGUUAUUGUAUGUCCUGUUUAUGAAAUAAAUUCCCCAAAUUAUCUUCAAAAAGAUUAAUAUAAACACACGUUAUUGUAAGUGUCUUGCUCACGGACCUAAAUAACUAUGCAAAUUUCAAUGGAAUGCAUCACUAUGGAUAGGUAGAUUUAAGAACAAAUUCCAUGUUGCAUUAAGAACAAGCAAACUUUUAAUGUCGGUGGACUGUUGAAGCUCACUAUGGAGCAUUUUACCCGUUUGUUUCGCUGGCAAUGGUUGUGUGUGCUGUUUAUGUACUCAGGUAAUUCAUCCUUGCAACAGAGCUAUUCGUUUAAAGAAAUUCUCAUCAGAUCCUUUUGUAGGAAUAUACUGUACAAUUGCCCACAGUUAUAGUGUUGCACCCAAUAAUAUUUGUACUCGACAUUUGUGCUAAGUAAUAUGAUAGAUGUAAUAUCUGUAAAGAAGGUUCGACUAUGAUUCUGAUGUUGCCUUGUGUUGGGAAAGCCACCGAGGAGUGAAACACUAUACCUGUGGCCAACUGUACAUGUACUGUAUGUGUACUAAAUCAAAACAAUUAUAUUUUGCAUGUUUUCACUUGGAAUUAACAGAAUCUUUCCUCAGAUUUAUUUGUAAAUUAAAGAUUGAAUGAUCUGAAAUUUUAAUAUACUAAUAAGUUUGUAUUAUUAGUUUCUUUUUUUUUAAUACGAGUACAGUAUAGGUUUUAACUAUUAAACUACAAUAUUGUACGGUACUCCAAAAAGCAAUGUUCUGUAAACUCAGCUUUGUGUGACAGAAUUUUCUUCCAAAGGUAAUCAACUUGGCUCUGAUUAUGUCAGAAGUUCAUGACACGUAAUAGAUCUCCAUAUUUGGUUUAAUUGUUGUGUAUUUGUUUUCUCAUGGAUUUAACUCUUUAUAAUCCAUCAAAUGUGAAGUAUAAGAUCUGCAUGUUGUAGUUUUGAAAUAUACAAAACUUAUAAAAUGACUUUAUUUUAAGUUACAGUAUAGUUAAUUAGGGAAUGUACUGGUUCCUUCAUAGUUAUAUUUCACAGAGCAGUUUCACCAUCUGCAAAAUAUCAUGUGUAAGAUGCUCUUAUAAUGAUGAUUCUGACAUUUAGUCUGCAUGUGAAUGUCUUACAUCUUCUUUAAUUAGGCUUAGACAGUAACAAAAGGUAAAUUAGGAGGAUGUCACUAUCACAUUACACUAUAUAUUGGCACAAUAAUUUGUAAGUUUAGUAAAUUAUCUCUCAUAUGCAUAAAAUUUAUUGAAAUAUACGAGUUUGCCUCUAAAAGAAGCACUUAAGCACCACUGGAGCCAAAAACAGAUGGAUAACCAGUUAUGACAAUAUGGUUGAAAGUCCCUUUAAAGUGCAUAGGUACUCUUGAAUUGUCAUAAGAAUCACAACCUCAUUUUAAUGUUUAUUGUUAUCAGUAGAAAUUUUAAAUUGGUUCUUCUGCAUAAAAUAAUGGGUGCCAGAAAAUGCAGGUAUUUUUAGUGAUUAUCAAAAUGCAAUAAUCUCUUGAACUAAAUAUUAUAUUAUUUUUUUUAUUAUGGUACUGUAUUAUUAAAUGCCAACAUGAAUUUUGUGUUUAUAAUGAAAGCUUUCCUGUUUUAGUCUCUUAUGCACCUUCUUUACAUUCAUACCCCAAUACUAUUAAGCAUUUACAAAAAAUUUGAGAUACAGUAUUAUAAAUUAUUUAUUGAUAUCAUACUAGCUUAAUAUGGUAGUCAUAAGCUACAAAAUGAAGAGAAAAAUAAUUAUAAAGAUAUCUUUAUUUAUUCAAGAGUUAUAAAAUUUUUAUAAUCAAUAUACUUUAACCACCUGUUUUCUGACAUUUUUAUGUUUUGGGCUCUUUGACCGUUCUCUCUCAGGGUGCCUCAUAUUGAAGUGCAUUCAUAUACAGAUGCUUACCCGAUAUACAGUAUUGUAGGGUUACGUGUAUGUUAUAUAUAUUUAAGGCUCACAUUUAGUAGAUCUCUUCCAUUGACAUCUGCCAUGCAUGUUCCUUAAAGUUUUUAAAUAUUUUAUAUUAUUUUCAAAUCUUAAUGACUUGAUUCAAUUUGAAAGGUCCAUGACAGUCUUCUUUCAGUGAAGAGAAUAUUUGCAAUCAUCUACAGUAUAUUUCAACCAAAGUGUCAAAUCAAGAUUUUUUUUCCUCCAUUUGAUAUCCUGAAGGUUUUAAUCAAUAUUGUUAUGGAUAGUGGAUUUGGGGGGCCCUUACAUCCAAAUGGUAAAUGAUUUAGAAUAUUUCUUGUAAGUAGAGUAUAAUGUAAAUUUUGUGCACAAAAUUUUAUAAAUCAAAAUGUAACUUUUAAGUGUGUUUCCCAGUGAUAUGUUGGACAUGUACUGGAAAAUUCAGUCAAUGAUGCAAAGUUGCUUGAAUACAAUGAGAAGGAAGGAAAAACUUUUAGACUUAAAUACAGUAUAAUGAUAUUUCUUUUUUGAAGUGGCCAUACAGGUACUAACAGUCCAUCACUGUCCUAUUAAUCCUUGUGCAGUGUCAGACAAAGUACAGUCACACUAAUAAUACUCAGAGCUUUCAUUCACCUAUGUAAAACUGCUUCACUUGUUCUGAGGGAACAAUUAUUACUAUGUUACUGUAUUAACAUGAAAUUUUUUAAUACUUAAGUAUAUUUUAGAAGUACAAUCAGCCAAAGGCGACCCCACCCUGGGUCUCGUGCUCACAACUUUACCUUGCAAUACUUGGUAAAGGAAGGCUGUAUGUAAAGGUGAUUUUUAUUCAUAUGUGUGCUGCUCAUGCCUUUGUUAUUAAGUAAUACUUUUCUGCACUUUGGUGGAAUAUUUUUGUCGACCGUAAGUGACUAAUCAUGCAAUAAUUUCCUUUAUGUGGUUGUGUUGCUUUUUUUUCUGCACUUAGGUGAUUUGUUGGUGCUUAUGCAGUCUCACUUAGGACCUUUUUAGAAUGGAUUUUUAAAUGUCAGUGUUUCAGGUACCUAUCCUCUAUUUUUCCCUACUUAGAAACUGCCAGAGGAAUGAGCUUGAAUAUUGAGGUUCCUAAAUGUAAUUUUGUUCAAAUUUAUUCGAUGGAUGUUUUUCCUUCCUACAAAUCCAAGACAAGUGCCUGUCAACUUACAUCUCUUAACAUAAAAACUUGAGCCAAAAUCAAUUUGGAGAUUUCCCUGACUGUAUAUUAGAGAAACCAUAUUGAAUUGUGGUCAUUUGACUUGUUUUACUUAUUGUUGAUGGUUGAACACAUGACCAUUGCCAGUUACUUAGUUACUUGCUAAAACUUUCAAGUUACUUUGUUGGUAAUUGUUAAAGACAAAUAUAAUUCCAUAACCUUUCAGUGUAAUUUAUUAAUAUCAUUUUAAGUUGUGUGUCAUCAGUAAUAGGUUGAGUACUUAGAUGAAUUUCAUUUCAAUAUUACGUAUCUAGAAAUGAUAAUUAGAUCCUUGUACUGCAUACUAGACUCUCUUCUAUAUACUGAACUGAAUAAGUUUUCUAAUUAAUGUUCAAAGAAUUUUGCAUAUUUAGGUUAUUUUUUCUUUUUCUUAAAUUAUGAAAAUUUUUCUUGCUGGUGUUAUGUCUCAAAUUAUCAAAGCUAUAUCAUCUAGAUACUUCACAUGAUAAAAUUGGAGAAAUAGACUAUACUGUACUUAUACAUCUAAUUUCUAUGUAGAAAAUCAAGAAGAAAUACAGUACUGUAUUAUAUUCCUCAGACUGUCGAAAGAAAGAGAUGUGUGACUUUGUAUUAUGGUUUAAAUCUAUCGCUUAAGUUUUUCUAAGUCUACUGUAACUUCACAGCAUCUUUAUUAUUGUGUCAUACAGUACGUAUUGUGCCACAGUAUUAUUUUUAAAUAUUGGUUUAAAGAAUAGUUUUAAAUAAUUGUUUGUCCAUUUGUUAGAGUUGACAAUGAGGUCUGUGGUUCUCUCUGCUUGGUUUUCCAUAUCAUCUUAGCUACUGUUAUUGUUAAUGAUUUGUUACUUUUAGAAUACCACUUGUUCUUUGUAGUUCAUUAGUAAUAUGUACAGUAGAAUCCCAGUUAUCCGGUACCUGGGUAACCUGUAGAUUCAACAAAACUGGCUCCAAAAUAAAAUAAUAAAAAUAAUAAUAAUAAUAAUAAUAAUAAUUUAUAAAAAAUCAGCUAGAAUCUUAAGUCUGAAUAUCGUGCACAAUGAGGGUGAGCUGCCAUAUUUAUUGCUAUGAUACACAAAGUAAUCAAUAUGUACAUAGCAUAUAUAAAAUACAUUAGCACAUAUUUUAUAAGCAACGUGACCCAGUUCAGGCAGUGAAACAGCUGACUCACAGACAUAUGGCUGCUGCACUAGCUGUGUGUAUGCUGUGACGUCAUGUCGGGAAGGAGCUCAACCACGCAGUUAUAGCCCAGUAACUCACUGCCUCAUAACACAUUCACUUUCCACAUAUCCCCUUCAUUUUUUCUUAUUUUAAAGUUUUAUAUUAUAUUUUCCAGAUUUCUAAGCUGCAAUAGAAUAUUUUAAUGAUUUUUCCAGAACUUUCAUACACACAUACAUUCAUUUACACACCACUGCUUUUAAUUUUUCUUAUUUUAUAGUUUAUAUUAUAUUUUCUUUAUUUCUAAGCCGCAUCAUUUAUUGAGAGUGGAAUAAGUGUUAAAGAAGUACAUUUUUCUGAGACACAAAUUUGAGAGGUCAAUCUGUAGCACUAUGCAUUGUAGGAUUUAUUGGGGAUGCUAAGAGUGAGUUUCAACUAACCGGAAAAACUCUUUAUCCGGUACCACUCAAUCCCAGUAAAUGCCGGAUAACUGGGAGUCUACUGUGUGUACUCUGUAUUCGAGUAUAUAUAUAUAUAUAUAUAUAUAUAUAUAUAUAUAUAUAUAUAUAUAUAUAUAUAUAUAUA